AUGCUGGGAUCCACCUACUUGGACUACUUUCUCCGUCCCCACGACCUGAACAAUGCUUCCAGUGACUUGCAUCAUCUACUGCCACAGUGUGUGAUAGACUGCUUAGCAUCCACUCUCGAGACGCUGUCGGUGUGCUCUCCUAACAAUGCCACAUGUUUCUGUACCAAUCAAGAUGUCGCUCGUAGCAUGCAUGCGUGUGCUGAUAGAACAUGUACCAUCAAACAAGCCCUCACCGCGCUCAACAUCACCGCCACCGUGUGUCAAAGGCCCGUUCGCAAUCGCUCAAUCCAACCCUUGACCGUUGCAAGCGUGAGCGGAAGUAUUGCUACCAUUUCAGUUCUGUUGCGUACCCUGGAUGCAGUCCUCAAUCGCUCCUUCCGUUGGGACGACGCCUGUUCCCUUGGCGCUGGAUUGGCCUUGAUCCCCAUGAACGCUAUACAGCUACGCAUUGCAUCUGCGGGUCUAGGCCGGGAUGCGUGGACGUUGCCCUUUGACGAUAUCACCUACAUACACAAACUGGAAUGGCUCGGGAAAUUCUUCUACUGGCCCACUACUGCCCUUGCGAGACUGGCAUUGCUAUUCAUGUACCUCCGCAUACUUCCCCGAAAGAAGACAAAGACCUACAUUUAUACUGGCAUGGCCCUCACAAUUACGUAUUGGCUCAUCUUCCAGUUCAGCAUCGCCUUCUUUUGCAAGCCCGUUUCUCUGGUCUGGACGGGCUGGGACGGUGAGCACAAGGGCUCAUGCUGGGAUAUCAACUAUCUCGUACUGUCGGCUGCUGGAGCCGCAGUCUUCUUGGAUCUUCUUAUCGCGCUUAUACCAGUUCCUGUCCUGUAUCAACAAUCGAUGACUCUAAGGAGGAAACUAGAGGUACUUACCAUGUUCACUGUUGGCACAUUCAUCCUCGCCGUUUCGUGUCUGCGAAUAGGGUCUAUCAUUAAUUACGCUGAGUCGCUGAACCCCACCUGGGACAACACACCAGCCAACUACUGGAGUGUCCUGGAAGCCAACACUAGUGUCUUUUGUGUCUGCAUGCCUACACUGCGUCACCUACUUGUCCACCGACUGUCCUUCUUCAGCACCAAUCAUCCACGCAAUAUAGCCUCCGCAAACGACAAUGGCGUUGAAUACCCAUGGGAGCGCACAACGGUGCCCAGUGAGCAGAGUGCAAGACCAUCCAAGGACACAAGCCCUGGUACAGACGAAGCAGUUAUGUCGGGAUAUCACCGAGCACAAGACGUUGAGCUAGUCGAACUUUGCGAAGGACCCAUGGGAGAGCACGUCUUGCUGAGACGGGGAAUCAACGAUACAGACGAGAUGGUGGAAAGAAGUACGCAGCAAGUACCAGCAAUGCCAAACUUCGAGGAUGACGACUGA